GUCCCAGAGACGAUACCAAUCUUGGGCUGUAUUAGCAAAUAGCAACUCAGCUAUAAGCUCAUGAACAUUCAUCCACGGGAAACGCCUAGACGGUGACCGGAUUAGGAAACAAUGACGGAAUGAGUUUAUCCAUACACGUUGCUGACAAGGUGGCAAACGGAGACGCCCCCCCUUCAUGUCUUCCCGCGCAGGAAGUUUGACACGGCCGUACUUACUCGUGCACUCGCAUGUAUGUAAGCACGUCCGUGGGUCGAAGCCUUCAGAAACAGUAAAUGCCAGCCCGGAGCGUCCGUACGUCUUGAAUCCUUUGACCGCUUUGCCCAGAUUUCUGCUUUGAAGCUAGCCUCACGUCAUCUCAAGGCACUACCCACCCGUUCAUGACGGCGACAACAAACUGCGCAUAAAGAUUCCAUUAUUCAGCCAUUGCGAUUUACUGUUGUGCGUAUUGUCUGAGUUGUCAGGUUGAAAGAGUUGCAGUCUAGCUAUUCGGUGAUCCUCCCCCCUCUUUGGGCUCCGAUUGACAACAAUACAACAACCAACAACCAACAAGAAAAAUAAAAGAAGAAUAAAAGGACAAUAGAGUUUGAUAGGGCUGAGGUUGGCCGACGGCUGUGACAGAACGGCAAGGCUGUGCCCCCUUUGUUACAGAGAAAUGGGGAC